AUUAUUUUCAUAUUACAUAUGUCUUUACUGUUCCUUUUGAUCAAUUAUAAUGUGUCCGUUUGAUAUUUUGUUAUGUAAUGCAAUGUCAUCAUUUUUUAGGUCUGGCUUAAGCAACCAAUUUGGUGGAGCCAUUGCGAAAUAUCAGCCCUAAUCCUCUUAGCCCACUGUCAUGAUUAAAAGUUUCCAUAUUGAAUUUUCAUUGCCAUGCCACACCAUCUACUCCACACAUUUUCUCAAAAGACUCAUUACAGCCUCAAAACAUCUACACGGAAUACCCAAGGUGAUAAGAGAUCAGAAUGAAUACAGCCAUUCCACCACAGCAGCCUCCAUCUCUCCAUAGAGAGUCCAAUGACGCAAGUCCCUGUGACAACUUUCCACAUCCAUCAUCUCUACCAUUCACAGGCUGUCCCCUCUGCCUAAGUUGUGCCUGUCCCCUUCUGUCAGUGAAAUGCCUUUUGGCCGCAGACCCACCUUUCACCGAAACAUUUGCACCAAGAUGCUUCUGGCUGAGGGCAGAGAGUCACCCUUCACUGAGCACUGCCGCAAUUUUGAGAAAAGCUACAGGUUUCUUCAGACAGAGGUCCAGAGGCUGAAGGACGAGGUUCAGGAGAUGCACAAAGACCUGACAAAACAUCACUCUCUCAUCAACACUGACACUAUGGAUGAGAUCCUGGAAAGGUCACUAUUCAUUGACGAACAGAUCGCAUCUCAGUACUCUGCUGUGCAGACCCAGAGGGCUGUAUUUGAGGAGAUGUGGGAUGUGACCUUUCAAAGAGUAACCAAUGAGCAAGAGAUCUACGAAGCACAGCUCCAUGACCUUCUGCAACUGAAGCAAGAAAAUUCUUACUUGACAACCAUUGCACGACAAAUUGGACCCUACAUCUUAUCCAUAGCGAAAGUAAAAGAGCGUCUGGAACCCAGGUUUCAAAAGCCUGAGAAUGACUGCAUCGACACUGUAGUGAAAAUAUGUGAGGACAGUGCAAUGACUACUGAACAAAACAGCUGCAAUGAGAAGAGUUGCAUAGCAUGCUAUGAUCGGGACUCUGACACAGACAACUCUCUCAUCCUACUGCCUAGUGAGACACUACUAAAGAGCAGUGAAUUCUGCUGGCAAGGAUAGCAGAUAAAAAUUUGAAAGAGAUGCCUCUAUGGAGCUUGUCUGGAUGAUGGUGAACACUGAGCGCAAACGUGGCAUGUGCAUUAAAGCAUGUGCUAGAUGUCAACACAUGAACAUGGGGUUUUACAGUAACUGAAAAUGAAGAAGGACAUGAAUGGAAUAUGAAUAGCAUUUUAAGCACGUCAAAUCAAAUGGAACUUAGCUAUAAACCAAUUGGAUAGGAUGGCCCAUUAAUGUUUCAAAAACUGGUGGAUUGUGAUUUUUUUUUUUUUUUUUUUUUUGGUACUGUGCAUGCAGUGUUGUUAUCGUUUCCUAAAUGAUAGUAAACUAAAAACCAAACAAUUGAGACUUAAACCAAAGCUAUUAUUGAUUGUAUUUAGUAAUUAAAAUAAAGAAUAAAUAGAAUAUAAAUAUUAGAUGAAAAAUAUAUAAAUAAAUAGUCUGAAUAUAUAAGAAAAGGUACUACAAUUACUGAAGCUAAACCAGAAAAUAAAAAUAAAUUAAUUAGAAAAAUUAAAUUAAUACUAAAUAUAAAUAUUCAAAUAUUCUGUAUUUGACAUAACAUCCCAUAAAAUCAGAUUGCAGCACUUCAGCAAGUGCCCCAGAGAAUACUAAACAGACAUAAAUGAACAAACACUGAAGGAUAAACAGCUAGCUAAAUUUGGCAAGCAACCAUUCAUGGAGAUUUAAAAGCCAAUGAUCAUGACAUAUAUUUAAGAAUUACUGAGUAGCCAGGUUUGCCAUCAAUGUCAGUGGGAGAUACAUGAGAACUAAAGACUUUUGAUGUCAAAUGUGUGACGCAACUAGAGGGAGCACAUUUGUAUUUGCAUACACUACCUAUGUUGAAAACAGCUGUUUAAUAUUGCUGCUUAAUAUUUUUAUGUAAACUGAGAUUUUUCAGGAUUCUUCGAUGAAUGGAAAGUUCAAAAUAACAAUAUAUUUUAAAUAAAAAAACUUUUGUAUCAAUAUAAAAGUCUUCACUCUUGAUCAAUAAAAUGUGUACUUGCUGAAUAAAAGUAUAGAUUGUUUAAGAAGAAGAAAAACACACUUUUGAAUGGUAGUGUAUGCACGAAUGCAUUUUUAAGAAUGUUGUGUAUUGAAUAUAAAAUGAUAUAAAAAUAUACUAACUAUCCAAUGAUUCUUUGUUGAUGUGGUGUGUGUUCACUGCUGUGUGUGUGCACUUUGGAUGGGUUAAAUGCAGAGCACGAAUUCUGAGUAUGGGUCACCAUACUUGGCUGUAUGCCACUUUCACUUCACUAAACAUGUACGCUGUCAGUUUUUACUGACAAAAUAAAAACUUGGCAAUAGGUCCCAUAAACUCUUUUAGUCUCUGACCAUGACAGCAGAUGAUUAGUGACAAAACAAAGUCAUCACUGAUCAGGCCACCAUGACAAGCUCUUUUCUAGCUAUCUCACCUGUCCCUGGCUCAACUAUGACUGGCCAGACAGUUGUCUUCAAAACAACCAUUAAGACAUUUGUCACUGUCUGUAUUUUAUUUUAUAUGAAAAGUAGGCCGAGCAACACCUAACCUGUAUCACAGUUAUACUCUUUGGCUAGUCAUUGUAUAGGUAGACAUGUUUUUUUGUUGUUUUGUUUUUUUUAUUAUUGUUAAAGGACCUUUCAAUGCAUCCUAAUAAAUUUCUUUCAUAUG